AUGGAAACUGAAUUGCUGCGGCUCGCCUCCGUCCUCCGCUGCUUCCUGAUUGUCCUCGGACCAUUCCAUGAAACCGAACGGGUUGCCCUCGGAUCGCUUCAGGAGCCCAUUGCCCGCCACAGCACUGACGGUCCCUCCUCCGGUCGCUUCGUCGCGGCCCCAUGGAUUUCUAGUCCUGCCGGUGCUGAACUCAAACCUCCAGCCCAUGUCGAAGAGACCACUCAAUGUACAGACAAAUCUUCGCAAACCACAGAAUCCGAAAUUAGCGUCGCAAAGGAUGUUCUUAUGGAAUCCCCGCUGAAGAACAGGACCAAUAACGACACCACUCCGAACGAACCAUCGAGCGAGGCUAGGAAAACGCCCUCGACACGGAUGAACUCGCAGCAGAGUAAUGAAAAUUUCGAAGUUGACCUCAAUUGGCAGCAGGCGGGUUCAAAACCGAAGGAGGCCUACAUGAAAGGAGCAUCUCCGCGGCUCAGCAUUGGCGAGACGAGACCAUCCGUUCUGUGCACUCCGGCCGGAAUGGCUCAACUAAAGUCUAGCGCUACAAAGUCGCCUGGCAGUCGUGAAACAUCACCAGUAAAGCAAGCCACUACUGUCGUUUGUAACAAAUCUCCACAAAAGUUGGAAUCCGUCAAGGAGGAGCCUCGGCGCAUUCAUUUUGCGCAUCCAAUUGCUGCCACGCAGAUAGUAGAGUACGAAUCAUCGAUGUGCACAACAGUGAACACCAUUGACGAAAGCAGUAUUGUGGCUGGUUGUGGAAUGCACGAUAGUGUUCACGCUCUUCCGAUUCCGGCCACUAGAAUGUUCCGCAACAAUAAGGAUGGCGAGGUUGAUUUGUCAAGUGAUGAAUAUGGAGCACAUACUUUCCAAAAGAAGACUACCACUGAGAACUUAAAGGACAAGGAUGGGGAGAAGGCAAGCACACCACCAAAGUGCUCAUCAGCAUCAUCGUUGGCAAUCAUGUCGCCGAAACCCUUUAAUCCUGUCACUACGUCGUCUCCUAACUGCGAAACGCAAACCAUUAGAGUGGAAAAGCAGAUGACAACGGAAAUCCCUCUAACUGAUGUGAAUCUACGUUCGACAGAGAAGCGUAAAGAUUUUGUCAAUGAUUUGGAGGACCGUGCUAAAAAGGCUACGAGCUGCCCUGGAAGCAACAUGACCACAAAGUCGCCAUCUUGGAAGCGCGUAGCCGAGCAGAACGAAAAUGCCGCGACGAAAGAGGUGUCGCCCAUCCGCUCGGCCGUUUUGGAAGCAGCUCCAGCAAAAAGAAUCGCGCAGCAGCUUGAGGAGCGUCUCAAGAACAUUCAGGCGAAGAUCCCUACUCCAAAACCGAUCAUCACUGCACCAGCAACAGCUUCAGCUGCCCCCAUAACCCCGACUACACCCGGCGUGCAAACGCAAUGGCGCGGCAGUCAUAAUACUCCUGUUGUGAUAGGUAGCACACCAGGUGUGCCUAUUCAUCCUGAAGUCUGCUCAAGCAACUUGAAGUCGUUAAAGUCGCGGUGGGAGUUCUCCUCGUUGACGGGUACACCGUUACACCCUGAUGAAACUGAGGACGAUAUCCUGAAGGCUGCUAUUCGUAUGCGAGACAGAACGAUGCCACGUAGAUUCGACGACAAGCCUAGAGAUCCACAACCUUAUCUAGCGAAGAAGAUUGAGAAAAGCGUUCAGGAAGCUAAUAAGCGCUCUUCCUUGUGUUCACCUGUGUCGAAGAGUCCACGUUAUGUGGACGAAUCUGAUGAGGGUGAGGAUGGCAGAGGUGACUCCAAGAACAAAUCGAUUUUGAAAAACGCAUACUCUCCAUACAAGUCACCUGCCAUCAAGAUGGCACAGCGAAAAUCACCCGGGCGUUCACCGAAGUCACCGAUGCGCCUAGAACGUCCUGAUACGCCGGAAGAGGCUAAUCUGUUCGGUGAUGAUGAGGAGUACUUCUCUCCAAUGAAGAAGCAAGCAGUUUCGUUGCCAGCUCCUCGUGAGGUAUAUGAUUCUCCUUACGAAGAGCCCGCAGUCGCUACUGCACGUGAAGAAAUGGAUUCGCCCAAACGCGACGGUUCGUCGCUUCCGUAUACGGUUUCGUUUUACCGUAAACGCAUACGCGAAAUGCGGACAGCUGACUCUGGAGUAGAGAAAAUCGACUUAACAACCGACGUUGCAACUGCCCCGAUCCAGACAGUAAUCGGAGGCGCCGUGCAUGAAGAUACUGAUGAGGAUGAUGCAGCUAGGCAGGAGAGAAGGGCUGCGAUGGAACGUGAAGUGAAUAUACAGCAACAACGAAUAGCCCAAGCUAUGCAUGCUUUGCGUUACUGCAAAGAACAGACCGAGUUCCGUGGAAGUCGCGAAGAGGUUGAUGCCCAACGUGCCCUCCUUAUUGCCACUGAAACAAGACGUGCUCUGCUGUUUGAAAUUGAUCGGCUCAACCGGGGACUGCCGAAAGGAGGUCCUGGUCCUCGCGGAACACUUACGAUUACCAGCAUUAACGUGCUUCUCGAUCAAGACUUUGUGAACUCACAGCUCAAUUAUCCCUCUAACCGGAACGACAUAUACUACUUCAUUGUUCUUCUUCGAUAUGGCUGCGAGGUCCAACAUACCUCUUUGGUGACAAGCGAUGAAGGUUUGCGAAAGAAGGGUGUGCUUGAGUUCAAUUAUUAUUAUCUUUCGCUCAAGGAUCUACCUCCAGAUUUUGUGUGCGCUCUUGAAGUUUUUGGCCUUAGAACAAAACGCGAACAUAUCUCCCAUGAGGUCAAGUAUCGGCUCACUGGAACCCUUAGCAAGAAGCAACGUUCGAAGGUGUCGUCGACGAUGAAGACGUCCAUGGGCGGACCAUCUGCUCUCGCUGAACCAGCGUUCCAGCUGGUCGGCAGAGUGACUAUCGAUAUCAAUACAAGUGGUCGUAAGCUGGCGUUGCAGGAAGUGAUGACGCCUUUGGAGGGACAUGUUAUUGUCAAAAUGAAGAAGCACGCCACAGAGAAGAGCAAUACGAUCAAUCGCGGUUUUCUUUCCAUGUAUCAACGCACAAGAGAUGGUUUGGGAACGUGGAAUCGGUACUGGUGUGUUCUAGAAGGUGGAGAAAUGCGAUUCUGGCGAAAUCCUAAUGAUGAGCGGGAUGGAAAGCAAUGGGUUGUGUUACUGGAUCUGCAAACGUGUGCAGGAGACGGAGCAUCCACGGUUCGAGACGUAUGCCCUUAUCCAAAUUCGUUUCAUAUCGACGUGUGGGUACCAAAAGAAGGAACUCCUCGAAGUAGUCCCGGCAGACCCGAACUGGAGAAGCUUCGGGUCAUGUUGGCGGCUGACACUAGUGCUCAUUUGGAUAGCUGGCUGGAAGUCAUUAAUGAAACGGCACGUCAUGUGCUUUUGUGGGACCGACCAAGUGGAAUGCCGAGAAAAGAUAAGGUUUAG